AUGAUGACUCCUGAGGGCAAAGAUGAGAAGAAUAAGGAACAUCAGAAGAUUAAGACGAAGGAACCAAAAGUGAGUAAGGAGGAUAAAGAUAAGCCUGAAACCAGAAUUCAAGGGCUAAAUGUCUCUUCUACCGCAACGGUCGCAGAGCGAAUAGACCUGCAACCGAAGUAUGUCCACAAGAAAUUACCAGACACACGCUUAACUGGCCGACCAACAGACGACAUCAGGGGAAAAUCUGGGCACUUCACCUGA